CUUCCUCAAAUCAUUGAUAUUAAUGGAAAGGGGGUUUCAAAAGCUUGAAGGCUAAGCUCGUUAAGGUCCGUGUUUGGUGAAACAAUGGCAACAGAAACUAGCCCUUAACCAAACCAACCAGCCUUACCUUUUCUCAUUAUAAACCAUUUUCAAGACCCCAUCAAUUCAGCAUCUUCUUCGAUCUAGUCCUCAAAUUCCUCAACAAGCUCCCAGAUUCGGCCUGUGUACCUAAUCGAACACAUUCCCGGUGCUUUUCCAUCUUGAAGGUUAGAAGAAAGUUAGUCGGUUUGCCACUUGUUAUUCCGUCUCGUCUUUGAAUAGUAAAAUGGAAAGGGGUAGAGGAAUCGACGACAAUGAACCAGGACCAGUUCAUAUAGGACCACCCGUGGACAGAUAUGGUUUUAUAAAGCAGAAUGCUAGUAAUAGUAGCGCUGCGGAAGGUUUAGCAAAGAGUAGGGAAGCUAGAAGUGUAAGAAAAUGGAGGAAAAUGAUUGGGGUUGGUGGGAGUGAUUGGAAACAUUAUGUGAGGAGAAAGCCUCAUGUCGUUAAAAGGCGUAUAAGGAAAGGAAUUCCUGAUUGUUUAAGGGGUCUUGUUUGGCAGUUGAUCUCUGGAAGCAGAGACCUCUUGCUGAUGAACCCAGGGGUUUAUGAGCAACUUGUAAUUUAUGAGACAUCUGCAUCAGAACUGGAUAUAAUUCGAGAUAUAUCCCGCACCUUUCCGACACAUGUUUUCUUUCAGCAGAGACAUGGGCCUGGCCAAAGGUCCCUUUACAAUGUUUUGAAGGCAUACUCUGUCUUCGAUAGAGCUGUUGGCUAUGUCCAGGGAAUGGGGUUUUUAGCAGGUCUUUUGCUUCUUUAUAUGAGCGAAGAGGAUGCAUUUUGGUUAUUGGUUGCAUUACUUAAAGGAGCUGUUCAUGCUCCUAUGGAAGGAUUGUAUCAGGUCGGGCUGCCUCUUGUACAACAAUACCUGUCUCAGUUUGAGCACUUGGUGAGGGAGCAAUUGCCAAAGCUGGGUGAGCACUUUAGCCGUGAAAUGAUAAAUCCAAGCAUGUAUGCUAGCCAGUGGUUCAUAACUGUAUUCUCUUACUCGUUCCCGUUUCCAUUGGCUCUCCGAAUUUGGGAUGUAUUUCUCUUCGAGGGAGUCACGAUCGUCUUUAAAGUUGGUUUGGCCCUUUUGAAAUACUGCCAUGAUGAUUUGAUACAUUUACCCUUUGAGAAACUCAUUCAUGCUUUGCGCAACUUCCCGGAGGAUGCAAUGAAUCCCAAUAUAUUGCUGCCCAUGGCUUAUUCGAUCAAGGUAUCCCGGAGCUUAUCGGAAUCGAAAAUCGAGUACGAUAAGAAACAUGGAAAGGCAAAGGCGACAAUUGAAGAGUAAACAAGUACAUUGAAGCAACCACUGAAACUGUACAUUGUUGUCGGGGAGGAAAGGUGAACUCAUCUUGUAAGAGACCAACUAGGACAUCCCAAUAAUUAGUGCAUUCAUGUAUUUAUAGUAUGAUGUAUCAAAUAAUAUAUUAGUAUCAAAUAAUCUUAUUAGU